GACGUGCUGCGAAGAAAAAAUAGAUCGGCACGACACAAUACACAGCAGAUUUGGUAGUUUACUCGUACCGUAGCAUCAAAACCAAGACAAGCCUACCGGUAUCUACCGUUGACAGWCUAAAACAAUCCGAAACCCAACAGAGCCACGGAGAAAAAAGGAUUGCCAUCACCAUCGCGAUAAUCCUAACAAUUACCUAACAGCUGGAAAGAAAUUCCAACAUUCGGUUCCAAUUGCCACUGUGAAUAUAAAGAGAACAACUUCGAUAGCGCCACUUAUUUCAAAUUGACGACUUGUUGAGUGCUCAGGAAACUACAAGACGUAUAAAUAUGGUAAGGAGCGCAUCGGUAUAUUCAUGUUGAUACUGCCCUUACAACGUCUCGAUGCGAAACAUUCUUUUUCGCGUAAUUAAACCAACAUUCAAUGCCUAUGUUUUUCUAACACCACGUGGUUUGUACUAUUGUGGAUGACCUCGCCUCUCGUGGAAUUGAUUUUCAUGGAUGCCGUGCUGUAUAUCCUGUUCAUUUUCUCUCUUUGCGGCACAAUCGGGUAUUCGAUUUGAAUCGUGCCUUCCCGAUCACUCUCUGCGAAUGCGUCAACGACAUUUGUGGCGGUUGCACAAUAGGCUGAUAUUCAAUACUGGGAAGAUACCCUCGUGGAGGGGGUUGAACAAAUCCGAAGUAUUCUCGAUGGGGUGCAGGCGAUGUCRGAUCCCGUGGACCGUGCUACGGCGCUAGAAGAUGCCGACGAUACGCUUCGAAGCGCUACCGGGACAAAGCGUUCCUUCAAAAUGGAAAUUCGAUUGGUCCAAGACCAGAAUUUGCGCAACAAGUAUACGAAGCGUCUCAAACGGUUGGAAAACGAGCUGAGAACACUCAAGGCCGACCUAAAAGCCCUACAAGCAGAGGAACACCGAGGCGAACUCUUUAUCUCGGGUGGCGCUGGCGACCCGGACGGCAACGGCGGGGAUCCGACCAGGGCCGGGAGCAACAUGCUCAACGAGGCGAGCGCACUUCAAGACAAGACACAGGAUGCGCUUAGUAAUACAAAGAACAUGAUUGCCCAAUCCAAAGAAGUCGGCGUGGCGACGUUGGAAGAGUUGCAACGUCAACGAGAAGUUAUUGCGAAUAUUGAUAAGGAAGCGGAUCGAAUGGGUGAUAACUUGGCGAGGGCUGAAAAAUUGGUCAAGGAAUUCGGGAAGAGAAUGUCGGGCGAUAAAUUCAUACAGUGUUUUGCCGUCGUCAAUUGCCUAUUGCUUUGUGGAGUUGUUGUUUAUGCUAUUGUGAAGAGAAGGGGAGGCUCGUUGUUUGGCAACGAGCCUGCGCCAGAGAACCCACUUGGAAAUCGAAUGUUGCGUGGUUAUUAAGUGAAAAGAUACGUAGGCAGUAUAAUUGGAGGUCCCUCGUGCCCAUAAAAUAUAUUUUUUUAA